UUCUUCUUCUUCUUCCAUUGAGCAAUUACAGCAGGGGUGUACAUUUCGAUUUAAGAUAGCAAUAUGUCCCUCGCAGCGUCUUCUGCAACGGCAGUUUGCAGGAGCGCGUGCCGGUCACAGUUUCGGCUACCAGUAUGGACACGAACUGACGCGAGUUCGUGGACAAAACCGCUCUCUUUCACCCUCCGCCGCCACCACUCCUCCGCCAUUGUCUCCCCUCUCCUUCACCUCCGCACAUUUCCCUGCCGCCCUCAACAUUCCAAUAACAAUUCACAACCACUCCCCCUCACCCAAUCCCACUUCAGCACCUCCCCUUACUCCUCGGGGAACCCCAAUGACGCAUACACAAGCCCCUACAAAGCCAAACGCACCUGGCCCCCAGACGUAUCCAAACUAUCUCCGAAGCAGCAGUUCCGCUUAGAGCGCAAAUACCGACGGCGCGCGAAACUAAAAUGGGCCAGACCGACAUGGAAGAAAUGGACAAAAUUGGUACAAUGGACUCUAAUCGGGUUUGUAUUGAUAUAUUCGCUGUUUUUCAUGGAAUUGAAAGAUGGAGGAAAUAAUCCUUUCGCUUCGUUGCGAGAAUAUACGCGGGAAUUUUUCACCGAGUUGUUAUGGUCGAAUCCACGGGGCGCCUUGCGAAAGCCCUCCGGUGCCGAUACCACAGGGCACUCCAAUGAAAAUAAACAAGGAUGAAGGGCUAGAGUUGGACACUUAUCUCUCUGGUGUCGUGCAAUAGUGAAUUAUGUGAACUAUUACUGGCUGUAGGUGGAAUGGGAUUAAAUACGAUAUGCUAAGUCCUUGCAGACGAUAGUGUAUAACUGGCGAAGAGGCGGAAGGGCCUUACUGGACCAAAAGGAGGUGGUCAGCAUUCGCUUAAAUGAGCGUCACGAUCGACAUCGCAUAAUCAUAGGUGUUGACCAAACCAAUAUACACUUGCACCAUUUCCCCCUUGGCAGCUGAGCAUUAGGAAUCUUUGGAGAGUGCAGCUACUGGUAAGACAGGGAGCAUGCAGCGCAAAUGUUUCGUGGUUUUCAGUCUUAAUAGCCUUAUCAUUCGAAUUAUCUACUUCAAUCA